AUGCACAAGAUCUCCAACUUCACGGGCCAGGCCCGUCAUGGUUGGGAACGAAUGACACCGACCUUCGGCAUGUCUAGACCUCACACCGACAUGGCCUUUCGCCGACCACACGGGGCACCGCCCAUGACGCCGCCGACCAGCAUCGACCCGACCGUCAACUUGUCCUUCAACGUCCCCUUCUCCUCCACCCUCGCCGGCCCCGACGUUGACGAUGUGCUCCACGCCAGUCCCAACGCCCUCCAGCGCUGGACCUUCCCAGAGGCCACCCCCGAAGGCACUCCGGUGCACCAGCUGCCGGUACAUACCAGCAACGUCGAAGGUCUGCGAAGGUUAUGUCGCCAGAUCACCGAAUCCAGCGGGGGCCGCAUCGAGGCCACCUUGACCUCCUCCGAGCCCAAGGCGGUGCCCUCCCUCCAGCGGCGCCCGAACGGCUUGGUCACCAAUGUCUGUGUGACCGGCGAUGGAGAAACAGUACGGAAGAUGCGAGCGAAGAUUUUGAAUGAUACCCCCAUCAUGCUGCGCUGCGCAACUGUCGACGUGGACAUGCAUUUGAUCAUGGAUGGAUCCCCCAAGGGCAUUAGAGCUAGCGUGCUCGAGCAUAUGGAUACACUGGCUGCCUACACCGGCACCGACAUUUUUUUACUGACCCCAAAACUCCACGAUGCCGACAGUGCGGUCGUUUCAUCCUACGGCUAUGCAUCUGACAAUGGCUUGGAACAACGGUUUCGCGUGGCCAUCUACGGUGACAUGGAAAGCUCGGAACAUGCGAAGACGAGGGUUCUGAUCAUGAUCGAUCAAAUUUUGAAACGGCAUGUGGACGCCAUCAAGCUGGAGCUGACGAUGCACACCUUGGUCUGUGGUCGCACCCGUAAGAAUAUCAAGCUGAUCGAGGCUGCAACCGGUACCGCCAUCUACUUCCCCCUCCUUUCCCACGAAUCUUCGGCUACACUCCCCCCGGUGCGAAUCGUCGAAGCGAAGAUGAAGUAUACAUCACGGAAGCUGCGGGAGUUGGUGAUGGGAGUAAAGAUCUUCGUCAAAGAUGUCGUGGUCAACUCGAGCAAGAUCGAUAACAUUCUACUCGACCGCUUGGACAAGGUGCGCAAGGUGAUGGAAAUGAACGGAUCCUACGUCCUCUUUCCACAGUUGGGCAGCCAGCGUGGCCUGGUUCGGAUUCAGGGCACCGAGGUCCUGCAUGUUGAGCGGACCGUGCGGGAGAUUAUGGCUUUGGCUGGUCAAUUCUAUAGUGCCUCCUGGUGGAUCAUCAUACCCGACCCAGCCCAAGGUGGCAUUCGUGCCCCCUCAACUGCAGAUGUCCGCUCUAUGCUCUCGGAUAUCUGCACUAACUCGGAAGCGGAGGUCAGCUUUGAUAACCUGACUUUCACCAUCAAUGGAUCCGACGAUGCUGUCAAAGCGGCCAUGACCGUUGUGAACCAGAUUCCGUUCGUCACGCGAAGCCAAUACCAAAUGCGAGUCAAGAUCGAGCUGGCCAACGAGCACAAGGAGUUUGUCAGCGGCAAGAAGAACGGCAAGAUUAACAAGAUCAUGGGCCAAAGCAACGUUCAAAUUAUAUUUGACGGUUUCAACGAGUACAAUUUCUAUAUCGAUGUCUGCGGUAACCAAUACGAGUCCACGAAGAAUGGUCUUGAUCUUGUUGAGCAGGAGAUGCCAGCUUCCAUCUCCUUCCAUGUCCCUGACCAGUACCACAAGCGGAUCAUUGGUAUUGGCGGACAGCACAUCCAGCGCAUCAUGAAGAAGUACUCAGUGUUUGUCAAAUUCUCCAAUGCCAUGGACCGGGGUGGAAUGGGCAAGGAAGACGACGAUAUCAAGGUUGACAAUGUUAUCUGUCGAACUCCUGCCCGUAAUGCCCAAAGCCUUGACCUUGUCAAGCAGGAGAUCAUGGACAUGGUUGAGAAAGUGGACGCUGAGUACGUCUCGGAGAGAGUCGUCAUCAACCGCCUCUACCACCGAGAGCUGUUGGCACGCAUGACCGAGAUCGACGAGCUGGAGAAGAAAUGGAAUUGCAAGAUCGAAUUUCCCAGCACCGAGCUUGCCAGUGACGUUGUGACCAUCUCUGGCCCCGAGUACCAGGUUCCCCAGGCUGUUGAUGCUCUUCUGGGCAUGGUUCCGGAAAGCCACGAGUUGCAUUUUCAAAGUUCCGCGGAACUUCGGGAAUACUUCAAGUCCCCUGACUUCUUUGCGGACGUUCGCACCAAACUCAAGGAGCAGUAUGAGGUGGAUAUCAACCUUGACACGGCCGCCGAUCUUCCAUCUAAGGAAGAGGGCUCGUCGUCGCCCGAGCCUGCCCCAGAAGAUCGUGUCGUACUUGGUUACACUCGGAACAAUGCUGGCGGUCUCAAGGACGCCAUCGACUUUUUGAUCUCCCGUCUGGUUGCCCACGGUCUGGAUGCCAAUACUGUCAAGGGUGCCAUCCCGCGCCCCAAGUCGGACUCCUUCGAAGAGUCUCUGCCUUUCUUCGACUCGAAGUUGUUGCAACAUGCCCCGGCCCCGCUGGUGACUGACUCACCGACUCGUCCCAGCUUUGCUGACGAGACCAGCGAGCGUGGCUCGAUCUUCGAGCGCCUUCGCAAGCCCGGCAGCAUCUCGUCUUUCUCCUCGUUCAUUGGGCGCAAGAAUCACUCCGCGUCGCCAGCGUCGUUCUUCAAGCACGCAUCCAGCAACGCCUCGAAGGCGUCGCUCGUCUCUAUGGAGUCGCGGGACAGUGGCUACCGCAACCCUUGGAAUGACUCCGGGGUUAACCUCCCGGAAGACGACGUCCCGGUCUUGGGAAGCUCGCACAGCCACAAGAGCAGCAACAGCAACAAUGGCUGGCCGACGCGUUUUGACACCAAGUUUCCUUUCGGUACGGCGCCGGGUGACAUGACCCCCAAGCAUGACCCGCGCGCCUCUUUUGACAGUGGUCGCCCUAGCACUUCGAAUUCUACUUCUGGAUACCCGGCCCCUAUCGGGCCACCGCGUUAA